AUGGGGCUGUGCAAGCCUCCCCCACCGCAGGAGGGCAUAGUGCUGCCCCUGCCUCAGUUUCCCCUCUUCCCAGCCAUGGUGCUUUUCAGGCUGCAGAUUUCGGGGGAGGGGGAGAUCGGCAGCAUCAUCGGCAAGAAAGGAGAGACUGUUAAGAGGAUACGAGAGCAGAGCAGCGCGCGCAUCACCAUCUCGGAGGGGUCCUGCCCCGAGCGCAUCACCACCAUCACCGGCUCCACCGACGCCGUUUUCCGCGCCGUCUCCAUGAUUGCCUUCAAGCUUGAGGAGGGAUCCUUCAGGUUUGUCCCCAGGGCCACUGACUGUCCCAGCCUGGACACAAGCUCCCAGAGCAGCUCCCAGGAGUUCCUGGUGCCCAACGACCUCAUCGGCUGCAUCAUCGGCCGGCACGGCAGCAAGAUCAGCGAGAUCCGGCAGAUGUCGGGCGCCCACAUCAAGAUCGGGAACCAGACCGAGGGCUCCAGUGAGCGGCACGUGACCAUCACAGGGUCCCCCGUCAGCAUCACCCUGGCUCAGUACCUCAUGACAGCCUGCUUAGAGACGGCCAAAUCUACCUCCCAGGUGCCGCCGGGCCCUGGCUCCGUGGACCUCGGCGUGGGCUUCUCCCAGCCCCUCCCCCCGGGCUCCGGUGCGGCGCUGCCCGCCGUCGCCCCAGCCCCUCCGGCCCUGCUGGGGUGCAAGGGACCUCUGCUCUUCCCCGCUGGCCAUGAGCGGUCCCAGCAGGGUGACAGAGAUGGAGGUGCCCCCUCCUCUGCCCCUGCGUAG